AUACGCCGGCACGGAAUCCGUUAGACUUCCCUGCCCCCUCUCAGCCUUUCGUGGAUCUUCCGUUCUAUAUAAACCAUACGUACAGUUAGUCUUGUAUCCGUCUGUCCAUAAUGAGACCAGUACUCGUCUCUCCCUGAAGGUCGAGAUCGAUUCCACUCGUCUGUCCCGAAAUCACACUAGUUGGACAUGGGGAGACCACCUUGUUGCCCCAAGAAUGGAUUGAAGAAGGGGGCUUGGACACCUGAAGAGGACCAGAAGCUCAUCGACUACAUACAGAAGCAUGGGCAACGCAAUUGGAGAACUGUCCCCGGUAAAGCUGGCCUCGCAAGAUGUGGCAAGAGCUGCCGUCUUCGAUGGACGAACUACCUGCGGCCUGACAUCAAAAGAGGGAGGUUCUCUUUUGAAGAGGAGGAGACAAUCAUCCGACUACAUGGUAUUUUGGGCAACAAAUGGUCGGCGAUCGCUGCUCGCUUGCCGGGAAGAACAGACAAUGAGAUAAAGAACUACUGGAACACGCACAUCAGGAGGAAGCUUCUCGGGAUGGGCAUCGAUCCUGUCACCCACACCCCUCGCCUUCAUCUCCUCGACCCCUCUUCGCUCCACACACCGUCCUUGCUCAACCCGACGUCACAACUCGACGUCUCUGUGUUAUUAGGUCUCGAACCACACGUCAAAUGCGAGCUACUGAUGAUGGCCACCAACCUCUUAUCCUUUCAAUGCCAAUACUCAGAUAUCCUUGAUCGAAACCUUCAAGAGCAACAGUACCCGACAGUCCGAGUUGAAGACCAAAUAGCUUCUUUUCAAGCACAACAGCUACAAUUAAAUCCAUCUAAGAAACUACGUUCUUCCACUGCUUCAAACGAUCCAUUCUUUGAUGAGGCACAGCUCCAUCCAACUUCAGAUGUCAACCCGUUGCAAGAUAUCGUGAUGCAACCUAAUCUAGUGGCAGCAGCGGGUGUCAACUAUGGAAACUUGGAUCCAUGCUUCUUCCAACCGAUGGUCAACACCUCCAAUACAUAUUGGACAAACAAUCGUCAAAAUCGUAAUGCGGCCUCUGAAUUAUUGACACCUUCAUCGAGUCCGACCCAGUUGAACUCCUCGGUGACGUACGCGGUGAACAGUAGCAUCGAAGAUGAGAAGGAGAGAGAUUUCAGUGGCCUGUUCCAACUAUCAAAUCUCUGAUCUCUCUUGGAUGUGAGCAAUUACAUGCGAAGAAAAAAAAGACGGAGAACAGAAAGGAGAAACGAGAGAAAUGAAUGUUACUUACUCUCAUUUCUUUCCUUCUCCACCUUUUUUCUUAUUCAGAAAAAGGAUUCUUCUCAUGUUUUUAUUGUGUUAUACGUAUUCCGACAUGUCUCUGUCAGCGCUUAGAAAUUCUAUGUAAUCAGGCUGUGCUACUUUCAGCC